AAUCACUCCCCAAGGGCAUUUCAAGUCCAAUCAAAUUCUGUUACAGUUUUCCCGGCUUCACUCUCCCAUUCCCAUAUUGCCCCCCUCUCAUUGUCUCCUUCCUUCUUCCCGGUAUAUAUACACACUCCAUAAACCUUUCUUCUCCAUUUCCUCAGGUCCAGUUUCUCUCUCUAGAAUUCUCUCUUUCGCUCUCUAGGAAUUGCGCACGAAUCGAUUCGAACUCCUUGUUGUUUCAUCAGCGAUGAUCGGAAGUCUAUAGAUGUGCAUACAUAUAUAGAGAGAAAUAGGGGCGUGUUUACUUCAAAACGCGAAAGCAGAGAGAGAUUUCGAGCACCGGCUUCGGAGGAGCAAUGGAGUACGAUUUGCUGUCUUCGCCGUCGUUUCUCAGCCAAGCGUCUAACGCUUCCUUCGAUUUCAACUCGCUCUACAAUUCUAUUAUGUUUCCUCAGAAUUCGCUUCUGAUUGGAGAAUCGUCCAGUGGAGGUGAAAGCCAGGCGUUGGAGGCGACGACGUCAGGCAUUCCUCACUCUCAGCUCCUGAUCGACCAGCAGUACCACCGGGACCUCAUGGACCGCCACAAUGCCGUCCUCGCUCACCUCCGCGAGACGGCGAAACAAGCCCAAGCGCUCCGACAGGAGAACAUCAAUCUCAAGAUGGCGAACCGCGAUUUGAACAACCGCCUUACCUUGCUGCUCAAGGCGUCGUCGGAUUACGCUGCUAAGUUCGGUGCCCCGUCGAAAUUCGGAAUGAGGAGGAAGAGCGUCCCUGUUGGAGACGACGAAUCGACAAGCCAGGGACAGUUGUGGGAGGACAUGGGUGCGACGUCGUCUGGAGACUGUCACGAGAGCCCAACUAGCGUGAUGGACUCGGGUCGGGUCGAGAGAAAUAACGUGGACAGGGUCCUGCUUCCCAAGAGUAUCUCUGUCCGCUCCAGUGGCUACUUGAAGACAGCUCAAGCCAGUGGAAGUAGGCCUGAGAAUCGGCCCAAAGCCUCCCAUACUGCGCAAAGGGUGUAUCUGAAAGGAGCAAAGAAGGAAGAGCAGCCACUUGAAUUGGAAGUGUACAACCAGGGGAUGUUCAAGACUGAGCUUUGCAACAAAUGGCAAGAAACAGGCGCAUGCCCAUAUGGAGACAACUGCCAGUUUGCACACGGCCUGGAGGAGCUCCGCCCAGUCCUCCGCCAUCCACGCUACAAGACUGAGGUUUGCCGCAUGGUCCUCAACGGCGACCCUUGCCCUUACGGCCACCGCUGCCACUUCCGUCACUCCCUUUCUGACCAGGAGAAACUCAUCAGGGCACUCAACUCCAGGUCCCUCAAUUCCUCACUUACCUCAUGAAAUUUGCACUAAUAAUCUUGCAAAACCUACUCAUCAUGAUCAUAAUAAUAAAAAAAUAAUCAUGCUGUGGUAUUGAUUAGGUAUUUGAAUAAUGGGAAUCAAGUGAGUUCACAUUAAAAAAGAAAAAAAAAAUGAUUACUUUGAGCACAAACUAUAUAUACCCUGAUAUAUAGGUGAUUUGUAAGAAAGAAUAAGAGAAUAAUUGUGUAUAGAGAGAUAAGAAAAGGUGUAUGUUCCUUUGGAUUAUGGAGUAGUAAGUACAUUGUUACCAAGUUGUAUUCACUUUACGUUUAAAUGUUGAACACUGGAACAUGGUGCAUAAUGAUGAAUACUGUUGUAUAUGCUUGUUAACU